AUUGGUCAUACUAUACUGCGCCUAGUCCUAUCAAAGAAGCUCUAGCCGGAGGACCCAUAUGUAUGAAAUUAUCCUUGGGUAUACAUCAGCCCUGGUAUAUUUGAUUGACAACCAGGCCCAAGAUGUUUGAGGUGGAGUACAAAUUUAAGAUUCCAGCGAAUUUUGAAAGCAUUUUACGCGAGCAUGGAUGGGCAUUCUUGAAUGAAAUUCAUUUUGUGGAUACGUAUUUCGACUCGGAACUGUAUCGACUCACGUUGAACGAACAUUGGCUCAGGAGACGAGAUACGAAAUGGCAGUUAAAGUACUGUACCUCUCCCGGCAACGGCACGGACUCUGUUAGGAUUGACAAGUUCAAUGAAGUAUCGGAUGAAAGUGAGAUCCACACUCGGCUAGCUUCGCUUUUGAACGUUGACGAAAAAUCUUUGCCUUUGGACAGCAAAGUGACCAGUGAUGUUGUUAAAGCGCUUGGCCUCAAACCCAUCGCGGAAUUCGAAACCUUUCGAGGUAAAUACAAGCUGGGCGCAUUUACAAUCGAUUUGGACAGGACGAAUUUUGGCUACGAACUGGGAGAAAUCGAGCUGACGUGCGAAAAACAAAGCGAAAUGGAGUCGGCGGCAUCGAAAAUUUACGACAUGGCGAAUAAACUAGAGUUCGGUCCAGUCCCUACUAUAUAAACACAGAGAAACCAAUUUGUCGAAAUUUAGUAUUGAUCGCUCCAG